AUGAUUGGUACCUCAGCCCUGCGUCCCCUCACAAUGUUCAACAUGUCCUGGGUUCCCGUGAUCGCUCUCGCGACAGUACCCAUUGCGCUGCUAGGAUCUGGAUUCUUCUUCUGCCGAAAUGGCUCAAGGUUCCCACUAUUACCACGACCAUUCCACCAUGGAUGGAGAGCAAAUCGUGGUUCCUUUUUCUUUGAGACUCUUCCACCAGAGAUUCGAGAUAAGAUCUUCGACGAAGCCUUUGGUGUAGACCAACGCCUUCACCUUCGACCUGUAAUCCCCCUGCCCAAGCCAACAUCAUUCAUGGAGAGGAUUGAGAGAUUUUUCACGGCAGUCAAGCUUCCAUCCUCCAAGCUUACCAAUCUAAUCGUCAGUAAGCAGUGGUAUGCUGAAGGCCAGACAUACUUCAAGCCCAAUGCAGUCUACGACUUGAGCGACGACCACUGCGAGCUAUUCUUCACCAGAAGAGGCGAAGGCGCCUGGGAUGCAGUCAAAAAUGUCAGACACAUCAUGAUCUCUCACGUGGUUGCAGAGAAAUUCCCGUUCCACGACAUGCCCAACCUCGUGAGUUGCGUCAUUCGUCGAUCCUACAGUGGACGAUGGUACAACCCCCUGAUGGAGCACGGCGGGAGAGCACCGGCGACGACAUCUGGACAGUCAUUCAAUCUAACCCCAGCCCAAGUCGAGGCCUUCGUCAACAAUCCUGCUGAACGUCUGAUGCACAUUGACGCGGCCAGGUUCGUGAGAAUCUUGAAGAAUGUCCAGAACGGAACCAAAGCGGCGGGGACACACCCACGGCUCUUCGUCCAGGGCGUCUGGACCAAGGCAAAACAUAAUAUUUUCUACCGUGAGACUACAUACCAAGUCAACUUACGAACCUGGGAAGUCUUGAUUUGCGGUUCGUUUGGGGGACACGGUCUGGCUAAGUUCGGCUGUAUCAAUCCCCAAAUAGCCUUGGAGAAUGGCUCGCUCGCUGCUGUGGAGGAGUCUGCUGGGACCAAAGAAACAUGGAUUCGAGACGAGGAGGAUAUGAUGUCGGAAUAG